AUGGGAGAAGAUAGAGCUGACACAGAGGCGGAGAUAGAGCUGGGAAACACAGAGGCGGAGACAGAGCUGGGAAGAGAGGGAUGGCAGCGCCCGACAACAUGGCCUCCCCGCAAGCCCGUGCCCACACGUCGCGAUGCGCCCCACGUGGUGCUUUCCACGAAGUUCGGCAAGCCUUGGUACACCGUCUCCGUCGGAUUCAAAGAGAUCCUAGAGGAGCAAGGCUGCACCGUGUACAAUCCCAACACCGCCAAUGCCGAGAUCUACAAGGCCGAGGCCAACGACCGGUGGCUGCGCACCUUCAACGAGAACCUGGAGAAGGUCAAGGAGUCUCGAGGCUUCGUUUUGCAGAUCCAGCAGGGGGUCGUCCGGCACAAGAGUGCCAUGCAGGUCGCCGAAGAGAAGCAAAGCGGCUGGCUCAACGUGCCGCGCAUCGGCGUCUUCGCCUUCCCCAGUACGCAGCACCGCGGGGGCGGCACGUUGGGCGAGCAACACAUGGCGCAGGCCGUGGAGGCCGCGAGGCGCCAGUGGGCCCAAACAGACGUGGAGAUGGUCUCCGAGGUCUACGAGCCCUUGGACGGCGAAGCGGCCCUGCCCCUGAAGGGCAAUAGCAUCCACGGCCGGGCCCGAUGCAUUUUUCCCAGCGGCAACGUCUACGAGGGGGAGUUCCAGGACGACAAGAGGCACGGGCGGGGCAAGGAGACCUACGCGGACGGCCGCGUCUACGAGGGGGAGUACCAGGUAUGGUUUUACCAUUCUUAA